AUGGCUUGCAUUAGGCAGGAGAAAAUAGGCCUAGGUUCAGGGUUAUUUGCAUAUCGUUCAUCUGGGCUAACUGGAAGUAAUUUGGUUGAUUUCACUACUAACACAUUUGCUAAUGAGGCUUUGCCAGUGUGCGCGGAAGCUGAACUUUACUCUCCCAUUAUUGAUAUUGCUAAGGGUGUUGAUCAUUCUAGUAGAUCAUUUUUUGACUAUGUUACUGGCCAAUGCUGGCAAGGGUCGUGGGGUCAGAGGGAAUGUGUGCGUAGGAAGGCGUGUCAAUGCUGCAGUUAUCAGAACAACGUAGGUAGAGGCCAGCCAACUUAUAUUUGGUCUCUGUCCCACCUACUCCGGGAUGCAUUGGGGCUGGGGCAUAAAUUGCAGGAAAGGGUGAAAGUUCACUUCGUAGCCUUGCACCCGCAUGGGAAGAGUAUAAUUUCCGGUAUGAUCUGUAAAUCUGGAUUUUUCUAUACGGGCAAAAUGGUAUGGGAUGCGAUGCCACUCAGGAAACGGCGGCAGUACAUUCAUGUUUGUAUGCAAGAGCAGAUAUAUGGCUGGAAGGGGCAGAAGGAGAGUGCAUUCUCUACUCUUGUUUGUCAGCAGCUGUACGCAGUAGUAGUGAGGAAGAGUUUGUGUCCCUCUUGGGGAGCUUCCCGCAUCAGUAUUUGCUCAUGUCUUGACAUUACUGUGGAUUCGUGCUUAACUGAAAGUUGCGGAGUGUCGUACGUAAUAUUGAACUCGUCGAACGUGCUAUCGGUGAGCAAAGUCUCAGGUGUCAUCGCGAGUUACCUUAUUUUUAUGGCUUCUCUUCAAACCCCCUUCUGCAAUAUUCAUAUGUUGAGAGAGCAAGUUGAUUUGGCUUUUCUUGUAUAUCCAUUGUUGAACGCUUAUAGUAUAUGUCACCAUAUGUCCAUUUUUCUUUUCAGUUCGGAGGAACGAAAUUUUGUGCUAAAUACAACUUUACAGGGAAGAUUUGCAGUUAAAAUGCAUUGGAAUGGUUUUAGUCAUGGAACCCGUAGGUUUUUAACUUUGCGAAUUAGUUUCAGAGUACUUGUUCAACUUUUCGUUGUUAAAGAAGGCGGCUACGUUGUGGAUCGUUUCAUCUCUAGGCUUGACCUCGUUAUACAUAUGUUGCUCCGCGACUAUACUAUUAUGUCAUUUGCAUUGUAUGUCGACUAA